UUUUCUGCGCUCAGGUCAGAUGGUUAGGGAAAAGUAGCCAUUACAUUUAGCAGCGGUGCAGCAUUGUUUUUAGCAUAACCGUAGCAGUUUUGGGAUUCAUUUCAAACUGUUUCAAAGCAUGGCUACAAAAAAGAAGCACACGCCUAACACACAGAAUGACAGCUGGGUUGUCAUUGCUGCAGACUCUGCUAUCGACACACAGAAACAUGACAGUGGCCCUGCUUUCGUCAAACUAAGAAAUCCCUCAACAGAUUCAGCAUCUCUGUACAUGCUGGGAAGUGACGUGCAGCUGUAUGAGGUCAAAGCAUUUAAAGAAGAUUUCCACUCCUGGUUUAUUGGCCAGACAGUACAGAGAGAUGGGAGACUUCUGUAUAUUACCCCAGUAGACCCCUUGUUUCUCAUUUUGCCCUAUUUGAUGAAGUCUGGUAAAGAGGGGAAGUUUCAGCGUUUGGAUCAGGUGGUGAUGGAUGAGGAAUUCCCAGCUUGCUCAAGGCUGCUAAGCUGCACACGGUCCUUGGCCUCGCUGCACCACAUCGCAGAGGAGAAAGAGGUGGGAGGCCAGAAAUUCCAUCGAUACAGCCAGGAAAGGACAAUGGACUGGUUAAAGAAAAAGGUGGAGAGGACAGUGACUGCCCUGAAGAAGAGUAACGUCUCUGUGGGAGAAGGAGUCAAAUCUGCAACAUAUGUAAGAGUGAAGCAGGAUUCAGACGCCAAUGAGGAGGAUUACCUGCGCUAUGCCCAUGGCCUGAUAUCUGAAUACAUCAGUGGAGACCUGAGCAAAGCCCUCCUCGGACACUUGCAGUUACCAGAGCUCACAAGCCCCAAAGAGACAGAACCACCUUCCAAGAAGCGGAAACUUUCAGACAAGCCAGUGGAGGCCGGAGAGGACUACACCAAAUUCAACAGUGCAGACUUUGCGCGGAAACCACCGAAGAAAAUGACUGCUGCUCAGAAAACUCUGGCUAAGGUGGACAAGACAGGCAUGAAGACUAUGGCAUCCUUCUUCAGCCCCAAAGUCAAAACAGAAAACAAAUGAAUGUUCUGAUGUACAGUAUCUGGUUUGUACCUUAGAGAGAUGUGCAUACAACACUUUUUGUAAUAAAGAAAAGAAAAUAUAUUUGA